UAGUGUUCCCGCGCAUGCGCAGUAGCGUCGCAGUCAGACUUUGCUCGACGACCGUCACAGCGUUUAAAACGCCGGCAACUUUAUCGUUCGUACAAGCCGAUACCUUCCUCGUUAAUCGCGUUCUUCGUCUUCAGAGUCUCGACAUGAGCGCAGAUCACGCACACAGACAGCACCAGAUGCAGCCUGGGUCCGAGGACUACAAUUCGCACAAACACAAGGACAAACUUAAAGACCGAGAACACAACCACAAAGAACACAAGAGAGACAAGGAGCGAGAAAACUCGAAGAACAGUGAACACAGAAGCUCUUCUGAGAAGAAGCAUCGAGAGAAAGAAAAAGAGCGACAUAAGCACAAAGAAAAGCAAAAAGAAGAAAAGUUUCAUAGUUCUGAUGGGAAAUAUCGAGAUAAAGAGAACGGCUUCGUGAGCUCUCUGUCAAUUAAAGUGGAAGAGGACAACGGAUAUCAUCACCCCAUCAAACACGAGAAACCUCUCAAGAGAUUGCGGGAUGAAGACGACAGGUAUGAACACAAACCUAAAAAGGUAAAAGUGGAGAAUGAGAAGAAAGUGAAAAAACGCAAACAGGAGGACAGCGAUUACGAGGAGAGGGAGGAAAAGAAACCAAAGAAGAAGACCAAAGAGCUAAAGAAGGACUCUGCUGGAGGGAAGAAGAAAGCCAAAACCGAGCCAGAGGAGAAGUGGAAAUGGUGGGAAGAGGAGAAAUACACAGAUGGCUCCAAAUGGAGGUUUCUGGAGCAUAAAGGGCCCGUUUUUCCCCCUCCGUAUGAACCCCUGCCAGACCAUAUCAGGAUUUGUUAUGAUGGAAAGCCCAUGAAACUGAGUCCUGGUGCAGAGGAAGUGGCCACGUUUUAUGCAAAAAUGCUCGACCAUGAGUACACAACUAAAGACAUAUUCAGAAAGAACUUCUUCAAAGAUUGGAGGAAGGAAAUGACGUCGGAGGAGAAGUCAAAGAUCACGGAGCUGAAGAAAUGCGACUUCACUGAGAUGCACGAGUACUUUAAAGCACAAUCCGAGGCCAGAAAACAGAUGUCAAAAGAGGAGAAACAGAAAAUCAAAGAAGAGAACGAGCGCAUUCUGCAGGAGUAUGGAUACUGUGUCAUGGACAAUCACAGGGAGCGGAUCGGGAACUUCCGGAUCGAGCCGCCGGGUCUGUUUCGUGGUCGUGGAGAUCAUCCUAAGAUGGGCAAGCUAAAGCGGCGCAUCCGCCCCGAGGACAUCAUCAUCAACUGCAGCAAAGAUUCGGUUCACCCUAAAGCGCCUCCGGGCGCCAGGUGGAAGGAGGUUCGUCAUGAUAAUAAAGUCACGUGGCUGGUGUCGUGGACGGAGAACAUUCAGGGCUCCAUCAAAUACAUCAUGCUCAACCCCAGCUCCAGAAUCAAGGGGGAGAAGGACUGGCAGAAGUACGAGACGGCGCGGCGGCUGAAGAAGAGCGUGGGCCACAUCCGAGCGCAGUACCGUGAGGACUGGAGGAGUAAAGAGAUGCGGAUCAGGCAGAGAGCCGUCGCCCUCUACUUCAUUGACAAGCUGGCUCUGAGGGCCGGUAAUGAGAAGGACGAGGGGGAGACGGCAGACACGGUGGGCUGCUGCUCUCUGCGCGUGGAGCACAUCAGACUGCACCCUCAGAUGGACGGACAGGACUUCGUGGUGGAGCUGGACUUCCCGGGAAAAGACUCCAUCCGUUACUACAACAAAGUCCCCGUGGAGAAAAGAGUAUUUAAAAACCUUCAGUUGUUCCUUGAUAACAAGCAGGGAAAAGAUGAUCUGUUUGACCGACUCAAUACAUCGAUUCUAAAUAAACACCUCCAGGAGUUGAUGGAUGGCUUGACGGCGAAAGUGUUUCGCACUUACAACGCAUCCAUUACCCUCCAGCAGCAGCUCAAAGAGCUGACCAGCCCUGAAGAUAACAUCCCCGAGAAGAUCCUCUCGUAUAACAGGGCGAACCGAGCUGUGGCUGUUCUCUGCAACCACCAGAGGGCGCCGCCAAAAACCUUUGAGAAAUCCAUGCACAAUUUACAGACCAAGAUAGAUGAGAAGAAGAAACAGCUCUCUGCUGCCAAGAAGGAGCUUAAAGCGGCCAAAGCUGACGCCAAGACGCUCCGCGAUGAGAAAAGUAAAAAGGCGGUGGAGACGAAGAAGAAGGCAGUGCAGAGGAUAUCCGAGCAGCUGAUGAAGCUGGAGGUCCAGGCCACAGAUCGUGAGGAGAAUAAGCAGAUUGCAUUAGGAACAUCUAAACUCAACUACCUGGACCCACGAAUCUCAGUGGCUUGGUGCAAAAAAUGGGGAGUUCCCAUUGAGAAGAUCUACAACAAAACGCAGCGGGAAAAGUUUGCCUGGGCUAUCGACAUGACAGAGGAGGACUUCGAGUUUUAAAGCUUUUCAUUUUAUUGUUGUUAUUUGGAUCAGAUGCUUAUCGAGAACAUUAAGCGCGAGGUAAUGUAAAAAAAAAAAUAAUACAUACAGAGCAAGCCAGUAGUUGCUUUCUGAAAACAGGAGAGGGCCUGAAACCGAGCCUUGGUGAACACCAUGUCUUUAUUUAAGAACGUUUUCGUUGUUUCAUAUCAUUCUGUGAUAGCAUCCUUUGGUUUUAGCAUUCAGAUUAAUUGAUGAAUUUUUAUAUUUUUAAAAUUAUGAAAUACCGCAAUCCUUAAAUAAAAUUAAAAUGAUAAACUGUGUAUAAAAUCGAGUUGAAGAUAUAAGGAAAGGCGAUCAGAGGUACCAGUGUGUGAAUAUCUGUUUUUAGUUUGAAUGUUUCUAUCAGGGAUGUACCUUUCAUUUUUUUUAAUGUAUGCAAAGAAAAACCGCUUCACCGAAAGAAUAUGAUUUUAAAUUUAGCCAAUAUUACUGUGCGUCCUUUUAGAAUUAGCCUGUUUUUUUUUAAUUAUGAAAUGUCAUUUCUGCGCAUAUUUACGGUGAUAUAAGUUCCUCAUGAACACCACUGUAUAUGAAAGCUUGUUUAUUCCAGUUGGAAACUCCUUAAAUCUAUGAAUCCAUGAAUAAAAAAAAGUCCACUAAGACCUUUUAGAAAUCUUAUCAGCUGGCUAAUGAACUUUUUAAUUUGAAGUCUCCUAAGGUUCUGCUUUUUAAGAGCGCAGGAACGAAAAGCAGCUAGGCUUCUUGACAUUUUAUCCAUUUUUCAUCGAAUUCAUAGCACGUUUUGUUUUAUAAAACAUAAAAAAAAAAAGAAAAAAUAUUUUUAUACCAUCGGAGGAUGAGGCCCUUUCCGUGAGACACUAUUUGUAUUUUUAACUGGCUGUAAAUGACACUGAAAUGGUAACCGACUAGAGCACAGACAUUGUUGUAAAUGUUAUAUUAAAGAUAGUUCUGUCUUUUAUCAUGCGCUGUAACAAUGUAAGCUUCGGUGUUGGUUUUGCUCUGCAUUAGUGUGCUAGGACGUUAUCGGCUUACAUAGUCCUUUUGUGAAGGUUAUGUGUAAUUAUCCACGGUUUAGCUCUUGGUGUAAGUAAGCCACGUUUCGUUUAAGAUCGAUUUUUAAGGAUUUAUAUAGACAUUGUUAACGGUGACUGAGAAAUGCACGUGUCGUUUUCAUGAUGUUGUACGCUGAAAUCUAUAAAAGCUUCAUCUGAA